GACAGCUUUGUAUUUUUCUUCAAGCUUCUGUCAUGUCUCCUUUGUCCAAGUCUCCUUGAAGAACCAAGCUACCCAAAGGAUAUAAAGGAAAAAGCUCAAAGGAUUCUUGAGGCAACCGAACAUUUCUCAAUAGGUGCCAUUUGUACUUUAUUUUUCUGAUUAGUCUGUUGCCUUGUGUACUCGAUUAAACGCUCUCUACCAAAGACACACUGCCGGGGUGUUCACCAGUUUUUGAAAAAAUAUUCAAGCCACGCCUACUGCGUCCAACAAGAAAAUAGGGAGCUUAAGCAGUGACGUUUUUGAGCGAGGCACGUCUACCGAAAGUGAGCCUUUUUCUGUUUUACUAAGCCUUAAUGCCACCAUAUUUGUAUUGCCAAGUGUCUUAAUUCUUAUAGAGACAAUUUGCCCAAAAGCUUGUUCAAAAUCACAGCUCAAGAGUGCAAAAAGUCAACUUCCGGUUGACGUGCGUCGCUGAUACUUAAACACCCUAUUAAUAUGGUAUACAUGCUUUUUUUUUUUUCAAGCGGAUGUCGAUAAUUUUUCAAUUUUUCUUACGCUAUUGAGGUAUUCGGAACCCCUAAUGUCCCCCUCCAUGAUGGAAGGCCUGAUACUGGGAUUAUUUUGUCUCCGUAAAUCUUGUGCGGUCGAUCUCAGCGAACGUGUAUCGGGUGUUGCCCAUUUAUCCAUACCAGGUGUAAUUUUCCUGAAAACUGGGUUUUUUACCAUUUACAAAUUUUUGCGGAAAACCUGGUUAGAAAUCAAAUGGAACACGACAUUUUGGGAGCAACGGAACAUCUUUAAAAGCAGUCCUGGUUGCCAUUUACCAUUUAAUAAAAGUUUCCGGUAAAUCCGUUUGGAAAGUACAAAAUUGAACACGAUUUUUUUGGGUCGUUCAGGGGGGAAGAGGAGGAGAAGGAAAGUUUCCUUCCUUUCUUCUCCACCCCAUCCCCACUCUUUUAAUUGCGCCAUUUUUCGCGUAGUCUUUGACUCUUGUUCCUCGUUCUUUGCUCCUAAACCGCACGGAAACGCUUGCUACGCAGGCUAAAUGGAAGGCACCGUAAUAUAUAAUGUGCUGAAUUAAAUGCCGUGUUAAAUGGUUUGCUUAAAACUACUUGUGAACUAAAAAUCGGUCAAUUUGAUAUAAAGUUAAAUUUAUUCCUGAAAUGUUUUCAAUGUAGGUUCGUAUACUGACUCUCUGGGGUUAAGAAUUGUUCGAGAACAUGUCGCCCAGUUUAUCACUGAAAGGGAUGGUUAUGCCGCUGACCCAGAUAGCAUCUUCUUGACGAAUGGAGGAGCAACUGGAAUAAGGGUUUGUAAUUAACUUUCAUUACUAGUCUAGUACUAUCGCUCUUUUGCGAAGUAGGCCCUAGUUUUCAAAGCGAUCACAUGCAUUUGAAGAGAACUACAAAGGACGAGCUGAGGAUAAAAAGCCGAGAGGAAACUGGGGGAGAGGCGGAAAAAAGGAACCUCUCCCCAGUUCUCUUCUCGGGUUGCUCGCUCUCCAGUCCUGUCGAGCCUCGAUUAGUUCGAUUGACCAAAAAGGGACUGCUUGUAGCGUCUGGACUGUCUGUAAACUAAUUCUCUGAAUUUGCUUGCAAUUGCUACCCUUUUUGAUGGAUACCGGAGUCUUCGCUGCUUUUUCAAGCAAUUACAUUGAUAACGCUUAAACUGAUGGUGACUUAAACGAUAUUGCACGCGCGUUUUCGCAUUUUGAGCCACCGGCUACUUCACUUGUGAUUGACGACUAAAUUUGGUCAAUUUUUAACAUUCCUUAGUAUACCGCUUUCUUGCUUCCAGAUUACCUUAGCGGCGUUAGCAACUGGUUGUUUAUGCAGCGACAAGGACAGGGCAGGACUAAUGAUUCCCAUUCCAGGUUUCCCUGACUAUGUUGCUAGGAUCAAACAGUUCAACAUGUACAAGAUUCCUUACUAUUUAAACGAAGAUAACAACUGGGCUUUAGAUAAUUGUGAACUGGAGAGAGCGUUGGAUGAGUCGAGGCCGCACUGUAGACCGAGAGGCCUGGUACUCAUUAACCCGGGAAACCCCACAGGUAAGUGAUAUUAUGGACCUUUCAUUGCACCUUUAAAUAUGGCAAGGGAUUUUUCCAGUCAUUUUUGGUGGGGGACGUGGCAGAAGAAGAGGGAUUACCUGUCAAAAAGAGGGGGUUUAUUUAAAACUAUAGGGGCGACCCGAGGCAAGCCAUCUCAUUUCAAAAGAGGUAUCCCUGAGACACUGAUACGUAUACAAAAACUGAUCACUGUAGGCGGGAAAUAAAUAAACAAAGGUUUUACAGACUUCUUUUAUCAUUCAAAUAUAGUGAACCUAACCGGUGAGCUUGUGAAUAUAGAAUAAAGAAUAUGCUUUAUUCUGACAUCUUAAGCCGUAAUAGCCGUAAUCAUUAAAUUGGUUGAAGUAGAUAUUAAUUCAUGUUUACAACUAAUUUAGGGAUUUUGAAAUUAGCUUAACAGUGAAAUCAAUCUGACAGCAGGUGUGAGGGGGGCGAGUUACUAUAGAUGGGAAGGAUAAUGGAGAAGAGGGAGGGGGUGGCUUAUUAGAUGGACUACGUGAUUAUCGUUUCUAAAGCAUAGGCUAGUGUAAUAGAGUUUUCGAACAACAUAAGUUAGAAAAAUACAACUAAACAGGGUCUAAACAAGCAACAACAAAAGCAAAAAAGAAAACUUACAGCCAGGAUACCUUGAUCACUGAGCAAUUCAAAUAACUGAUAUAUUAUUCGCUGGUUCCUGGACGUGAUUUGUUCAGUUUUGUUGGCCAUUGGCCUUGUCAAGUUUGUUCAGACAAAACUUUUUUGUGAAAAACAGGAAACAUGCAGGAACAGUGCAAAUCGAGAAAAUAUAUAUACCAUGAGGAUCAUGAUUUAAAUUUAUGACUAAACUUUUCUUUCGGCAGACUAUCUAGUCUGGGCACGAAACUGCGAUCUCAGGCCUUCAUUUUUGUAAAACUGCAGAGUCAAACUAAAGGCGCGGUCAAAUGUUUUUGCUACAAUAAAAAUAAUUAUCCCACAACGGUAUGCAUUCUUUCGCAGGUCAGGUCUUAAGUUAUGACAAUAUCAGUGAAGUUAUCAAGUUUUGCGCCCGGGAAAAACUGGUGUUAUUUGCUGAUGAGGUAUACCAGGAGACAGUGUUUACUAACGAGGUCCAGUUUCACUCGUGCAAGAAGGUUCUGAGAGACCUGGGUCCCGAAUACAACAAGUUCCAAUUGAUGUCGAUUCAUUCUGCCUCGAAAGGGUUUUAUGGCGAGUAUGUACAAGUAGAUUUUGUCAUUUCUAAAACCCAACAACGUUUAAUGAGACGUGCGCUUAAACAAGCGAAAAUAAAAAAACAUUCUAAAACAAAGUAAUAUUCCAAAUUAUAGUAAUCAUAUGGGACUCAUACAAAGAUUUUUUUUUUUUUGUCAGAUAAUAUUUUAAUUGGUUUUGUCUUCAUUUUCUGAAAUCCAUAGGUAAAGGAAAAUACAAUGCGACCUGGUUUAAAAAAGAGAAAAGCAAAUAAACAGACAACAAGACUCAUUCAUAAUAAAAUUUAGGUACACACAAUGGACUCGGAGGAUCUAUUACAUUUGUCCAUAGCUCUGCCGCACCUCUUCGGUGAUAGGUGUUUUGUCGCAGAUAGCCUAUUUUUAAACUACAACUGUUUUUUUAGGUGUGGUCUGAGGGGUGCUUAUAUAGAGGUUGUAGGAUUUAGCAAAGACGUUCUAGCUCAGUUUAAGAGGUAUCUCUCUCCACCACACAACGCACCGUCAACUGCAGGGCAGGUAUUUCCGCGAAGUUACUAGUUGGGGAGCAAGGGAUGGCGCAGUGGUGAGAGCGCUCGCCUCCCACCAAUGUGGCCCAGGUUCAAAUCCCGGCGUCGACGCCAUAUGUGGGUUGAGUUUGUUGUUGGUUCUCUCCUUUGCUCCGAGAGGUUUUUCUUCGGAUACUCCGGUUUUCCCCUCUCCUCAAAAACCAAAAUUUCCAAAUUCCAAUUCGAUCAGGAAUCGGGUAGAAGAAGAACCACUUUGUGGAUGUGCUACCUCCAAAUUAUUAUUAUUAUUAUUAUUAUUAUUAUAGCAGAGCUACUUGCGUUAAAGAAAGGAGAUGACUACGCUACAACCAUAUCUUGGAUAAGGGCGAAAGUAUCCUUUGCCAUCUUACGAUCAGCCUUGCUGUGUCUCAGAGGAACCAGGAGCAAGAGAAGAGCAGCCAAUAUAUCUGACAUUGACAUUACAUCGGAAAGUGCGCAAGCCAGAAUUUAAGUAGUAACUUUUUAUCAGUUUGAAUUAUUAUUUUUAAAUAGUUUUUUAUUUUUUUUAUCAACUUUUUUAUGCUUUUUAUAAUUGUUAUUAGUAGUCUUUAGAUAGUCAUUUUACAACAAUUCUCUUUCGUAGACAAGAAGAAUGUACAUAGGGUAUAUAUUUUAUUAUUAAAAACUGAAUCAUUGGAUAAUGCAAUUCUAGCAUUUUGAUUGGUUUAGCCGUUAUGUUAUAUGAGCUAAUAUACCAUGUUCUCCAUAUAUGGUCGGUGUACGCGUCAGUUUAAAAUUGGAAGCUAGCUGAGAUUUUUUUUCGCGAAGGAUAGAACGGCGCCCGAAGCAAAUUGCUUUAAUUCAUUUCUUAGAAUACUAGAAAUGCAAUUUCAACGAAAGAAAAAAGACAAAAACAAACAAAAAAGCCACAAGAGCUUGUUUGAAAGUUUGUCGAAAAACACAUGGAACUAAAGUACCUUGACCAGCUACGAAAGAAGACAAGUGUUGUUCUUCAUGAUCGCGAAGCCAUUCGCCGAUCGAGUCACUCGCCGAUAGAUAACUGCAGCUUGUUUAUCCAACAUCAAGAAUAUAAAUCACAAGUAACCAGCUACAAAUACAGACUAUGCAGCCAUUCACUAGAGCAAUCGAGGCGGCAGUAUAGCUUCUUUUCUCGUUCAGCAAAACCAGCUUGUGGCUUCAAACAACUUCAUAACAAGCGACGAGGUAAUACCAGUAGUUUUUCUCCGUUGUUCUUACUUUUAUAACUGCACCGAAAAUCCAAAUUCAUAGUAAUUUCGACGGCUGUCACUUAAAAAUUCCUUUCCUUCACAUUAUCUGCCAGGUUUUUUAAGCUGUUCUGCUGUGUAAAACCUAGAAUCACGAUGAGUUUUUAAAAAACUAAUGUUCAUCGCACAAUGUUUUGAUUUUUCAUUCAUGCAGUCUAGGCGAGCCCGUUGGCGCGUUGACAGUUUUGAUAGACGUGUGACAUGUCAAUAGCGGAAGUCCCUUGUCUUUUCCGGUUUGUUCUAGUCGGGGCGAUUCAACGAGAUUUUGUGGGCGUUUUUAAUAAAACAAUUAUUCCACUCGGGCUUGUUGGAUAUGAAAUGAUUAUAGCCAACUCGGCGCUAUGCGCCUCGUUGGCUAUCUAUGAUCUCAUAUCCAACGCGCCCUCGUGGAAUAAUUGUUAAAUAUUUCAUAUUCUUGAAUCUGUAAAUAGUCUAUUUUUUUUAAAUCUAUGAAUGAAGUUUUGUUUUAUUAAUAAAAAAAAAUAUUAUUAUUAUUAUUAUUAUUAUUAUUAUUAUUAAGUUAUUAUAGAGCAAGAAACGGAGGAGGCAGCGUGGCCGAGUUUAGAGCUCCGGGCUUGCAAAAGGUCGGAGGCUCCAUGUUCAAGUCUCGCCCAGCUGACCGCUAGCAGGAUUUGUUCUAGGUAAUCUCGCGUUCAAAUUAGCCAGUUUAUCGCGCGAUAAAUUGCAACAUAUCACAUGAACUUGAGAGAAGCUGGAACGUUGCAUGCAUGUAUGCAUGCAUUAUCUUGAUGUUGACCCUUUCUUUAUCAUACUAAGAAGGAGUUAUAGUCUAACUUUUAAGCCAGCUUAAUAGAGUUCAUUUGAGUUGCCAAGCUAGACUUCCAAGCAAGGACUACAGCAUUUUAAUCCUGAAGGAAAAGGGGAGUAAUUAAGAUUUACAGUUCUAUAUACGUAUAUGUAAUCAAGUAUCUCUCGUUUCAAAACUAUACAAUGAGAAUCAAGCCAGGUUACUUCAUAGCUUCAAGUUUAACGUAUUUCAUUGUCCAACAGUGGUCCCUUUUGUUAAGUGAAGUGAAUAAAGGUGAUGUUCUUGUUAUGUAUUUACAGAAAAGGACUGAGUUCUCCAGCAGAUUCGCAUGCGCAAUAUUAAAGGUUAACAUGCGAAAAUGCAAGCGGUGACAGGCCGCACAUCCAUACCGGCGUGAAACCUUGUGUUAACCUUUUAUAUUUUAGAUAUAACGAGCAUGUCCUUCAGGGAUUUUCCUUUCUUGUUGAAAAUGAUAGGUGGUUGUUUAAAAAUUUGGCGAAGUAACGGUUGGUUUUGUAUAAGAUUCCAUUUUUUCAUUAAAACUUCUUUUAAAGUAGACACUGAGGGCUGGUACUGUGUCACAAAAGGCAAUAUUUCUUUUUCCUUUCAGGAGUGCAGACUCCCUCUCUAUGAACUUUGUAUCUGAUAGAAGGUUUUCUAUCAUAGUUUGUGGGUAGCCUCUGUCAAUCAAGCGUUCUUUGAAAUUUGAGUUGCUAGCCUUAAAAACAUUCUUAUGAAACACUGGCAACUGAUAGAGAACCAACCUCUUCUUAGACAGAUCUACAAAGAACCUCUAAUUAUAUCGUACAAACGAGGAAGGUCUCUCAAAGAUAUACUUGUAAAAGCUAAAUUCUGAGAAUUAAAGGCUAUGACACGAGGGUGGAAAGCGUGAGUCAGGCUUCUCUUUAUCAUGUGAUGCAAAUUUAUCGCGCGAUAAACUGACUAAUUAUCGCGCGAUAUUUUUCUCAUUAAUCAUAACUAUAACAAAAUUGUCAAAUCUGAUUGGCUCUCAACUGCCUUGAUUUCAGCCUUAAUUGGACAGUUUAAUAGGACAGUACGCGUCAUGCCUAAGUAAUUGGACAGUACGCGCCAUCACGCGCGCGCUUAAAUGGCAUUUUUUUUUCACUGCUAGCAAAACAAAAUUUCGAAUUUCUUGCGUUUUGGUUUAAAAAAUAGCCUAUUGUAUCACAAGUUUUGUUAAAGUUAUGAUUAAUUGGUAACAGAACUUCGUGUCGUCCAAUUCAGUCUGUAAUCAUACUCGUGAUUAAACAAAUCGGACUCCCGCUACGCGGUCGUCCGAUUUUGUUAAUCACUCGUAUGAUUACAGACCGAAUUGGACAACACUCAGUCCUGUUACCAUUACUUAUGGCGCGAUAAUUUUCUUAUUUAUCGCGCGAUAACUUCAGCAAAAAAAAAUUGUAAUGUCCCUUACGGGCCACCGUAGCUUUGAUUGCUUUGAGGAGCUAGAAUAACGUUGAUUGAAUUUAGUUAUUUUUGUCUGUUAAUAUAACGCAACUGCUUUAUCACUGAGAUGUGGCAGAUUGUCUUAAUGGCCGGUUUUAAGGAGAUAGUACAAGUCGGAACCUUAUGUUAUUUUUUUUUUCAAAUAAACCUGGACUGUUUAAUGCGAAUUAUAGUCAUGCUACCAAUUAUUGACAAGGGAAAGGAGGAAAUGUUUUUCUGAUAGUCUUCUGCUCGCCAGCUCUUGUGCCCCAAUCGUUUUGAGGGAGUCGGUUUUGCAUCCUCCUUAAUCCGGUUAAACAUGGAGGAAGAAACGCAAGCGUACAAAUUAAAACCGACGACUGCUAUUUUAGCAACAAAUGGCUCCAGUCCUGAAACAAUAGGACUUCGUAAUUAGGAACUAUGUUGGAUUUCGAAGACUGCUGUGUGACACUUCCAGCUUUUAAGUCGUUAUAUUUGUGUUUUUAUACUACUACAUGAGAAAUUUCUGCAAUCUGAUUGGCUUAGAGCAGUAGUAUUUCAGCUUAAUUUGAAAUACCUACAUGUGAAAAUUACAAACCUUUUGCAGGUAGUAGGAUAAACAAAUAAUAGCAUGAUUUGUACGUGAUAUUUGGCAUAAAUACCACUCGUGAUAUUUCAAAAUUGUCUCAAAUUUCACUGGCCUAACGGCUCGUGAAAUUACUUGUAACAAUUUCGAAAUAUCGCUCGUGGUAUUUAUGCCAAAUAUCACUGCAAAUCAUGCUAUUACCUAUACUAAUUGCUGGGAUUUCAUUUACCGGUAACCAUCUCUUCAUUUUUCUUCGUUGAAAAUGAAAUGCUUCAUGGCGCUAAAAGAAAAACAUGCUGGAAAAUGUCGCUGAAAAUAACAUCGAUCAGUCUCGGUUGUCAAACACUUAAAACUUUUUUAGAAAAAUUUCCAAAAAUUUAGUAGACUAACAGGAUAUUGGUAAUACUUUAAACUUUUCACAAAUGAAAGCAGCAACCUUAGCUUCGAAGUGUUUCGCUUAAUCUAUUGCAAAAAUUUCUUUCGUCAGUAAAUCACUGACAGCAGGCGCAGUCUUAAUCAAUGCGAGUACAGCCAUUUAUCUGAAAAUAAGUUCAAUUUAAGUGUGCCGAAUGAUUACUUAGCAAUUAUUGAUUGAGGCUGAGUAAGAUAUACUUAUAUAUAUCCACCUUGGCCUUCAGCCUCGGUGGAUAACACCUUCCGAGAUCUGCAGAAUUCUUCAUAUCCUACGGAAGCCUAUAUGAUGGUAUAAGCUAACAACACACACCUUAAGGGAAAUGACCCUAUGGCUGGUUUUCAGCGUCACGCCAUUCUAAAAAUAGAUCAAAACCAAAAGCAAAACCGUUCAUUAGAUAAAGUCCAGAAUCUGGGAAAUGAAAGGAGGAAACUAAAGAAAGACGCUCGCCAAGAUUCAGGUCAGGGCAAAAUUUCGUAUACGAAAUAUCCGAAGAAAUGUUUUACCCAAAUUUAUAGAGGUUUGUGUGGAGACGCCAUGCUGGUGCCCACGGGAUGGGCACCAACAUGGCGGACGAAAACCAUGAGAAACAUCUCUUACCGAGUUUUGCUACAAAAGCGUGAAUUUAUCCGUCGAGGAACUCAUAAAUAUUACAGUAAUACUUUUUCUCAUACAUUUUAAACUGUUUAGAGAUAGUAAAAUUCCCCGGAAUAAGUCACUUUUUUAACCUACGUUAUAGCUCUCUCCGCCGUCAUGUAAAUGCCGCGUCACGCAAAAGCUUAGAUAUUCCAGCGUUCUCUAUCAAAACACCAUGCAAGCACCCUUUUGAAGCGAAAUUUGUAUGAAAUAUAGUUUUCAGCGGUUCUAAUAAUCAGGAAAGUAAAAUCUCAGUAGGAUCGAUAGUUUUGGAGUCUGAAUUUUAGUGACGUCAUGUGAAAAUCAGCAAUAAAUGCAUUGCACCAGCUAGUCUUUUUCUUAUCAUCCGUAGGCUGCUGUCAGUGCAAUUUGUAACCCCCCUCAGCCUGGUGACGAGUCGUACGAGACAUUUAUUAAGGUAAGUGUAAUGUCAGGCGUAUCUGAACUACAGUACAUAGGGGUCGGGACCUAGAUCCUGAACAUUCCAAGACUGGCACGACUGGAGUAUUUAAUUUAUUUGUAAUAUUUUUCAACGUGACGAAUUGGUUUCGCGAAUGUUGUUGAAGUGUAUCUGGGCUGUAAUGAGUAAGAUAAAAGAAUCGAUCUGUAGGAGAUCGGGGGUCAAGGGCAAUGUGUGCAAAAAACCGCUGUCUGGGCUUUCGAUGGAGGUUAACCAUAAUGAAGAAGGCUGAAGACCCUCAGCGCAGGCGCGUCAUGUGGCAGUUUUUUGCUUGACUUUCAAGUUUUGAUCUUUAAAAUUUGAUCGUGGAGGGGAUUUUGUCUACUUUUCUUCUCACUGAUUAUUAAGAUUCUUGAUUCCCCAAAUUUUGACUAUUACAAUCUACAGGUUGUUAUUUCGGCCAAUAAACACUGCGCCGAUAAAAACAAUAAACGAUAAACUUGUUUCCAACUGUAUUGUUAGUCAGUGCAAUUCCGUCAGUUUUUUAAUGGACAUCGAAAUUAGAAAAAAGCAUUUUUUUAAAUUUUUUCUGCAGGAGAAAAUGUUUAUUAUGGAUUCUUAUCAAAGAAAGGCGCGGAUAACCACAAAGAUGCUGAAUUCUCUUAAGAGCGAAUGCAGAGAAAAAUCGAGCAAACCGUGGCCACAGCUCAAAACCUAACCUACCCUCAUUUUAAGUCUGUAGUAAGGUUUUAAUGAGUUUAUAACACUGCUGAGGUUUAAAUUUCAAAAUGCGGCCGAGUUUGGGAAUUAUUUGAGAUUUUCGAUUUCAACGGUCUGCGGGCCUAAAAUUAGCCGCCGAACACGGCAAUAUAGCCUAGCGACAGAAAUGAGCUGACUUUCAUAAACGAGCGAAUAUAUUGGCAAUCUUCCGCUUAAAUCUCAAAAAACAGAUAUUGACAAUUUCUAAGCAGCACAUUUUUUUAGAUUUAGAGCAUAAAAUAUCGACGAACGAGCACAAUUUUGAAACGUAAUUUGCAUAAUGUUUAUAAAUACAACAAUUUACCGCUAAAACCAAAAUCGAAUUUUCUAUAUGGGGGAAUUCUCCAAAUCACCCCAAAUCCCGCUUACUACCUAACGAGAUAUAAUACUUCAACAUUAUCUGAAAGUUAGUCUGGUGUUCUCUCGAACGCUUGUAAAAUAGAUUGAUUAUUUUGAGGUUAUUUUGCCCCAAACAACCGCUAAUUGACCCCAGGGUCAGUUGACACGUACACGUCACCUUAGUUUUAUGCAUCGAUUUGAGCUCGUCAAAAGGGAGAAACUAACACGAUUUUUUUAAUAUGUACCUGUUUUAAUGAAAUACACGCAAUCUUCAAAAGGAGAGGCAGUUCAAUGGGUAAUGUCUGUUCUUGAGAUCUUGUAGAUUGUACCAUGGCGUCUGCGAGUGGACCUGAGUCUAGGUCUUUUUUCCCGUGACUGCGAAAUCAGAAUAACAUCAUGAAAUAAUUCUCGCUCGAACCUUCGUAAGUGAAUCCGCUUUGCAGUGCCUUACCUGAGAUAAAAAGUGGGCCGAAUAGGAAAACAUUCUAGCGCAAUUUGGAUCCUUUGCAGCACGUAGUGUAUUUGCUAAGCGGCGAUGGUAUCAUUGACUUUUAAUUAUAGUUACUCACCUCCGAUUGCGUGACCAGGCAGUUAUCGAUUGUCUCCUGCGAAAAAUAAGUGCACGGGAAACCAAAGCUUUCGGGAUACAGUAAAUUCAUUUUCCUGUAUGACCAGGUGUCCUUUUGUCCUAUUUUAAAAGCGGUUAACUAAGAUGAUUAGCAAACAUACUGUCCCACUUUUAAAAAUGGUACAGUAACUGAAUGUUCUGUUCUUCUGAUUUUACCCCGAACCCCCGAGUGUUUAGAAGAUAUAUUUGCACUACGCAUGAAAGGCAAAUGGAUUAAAUUUUAAGGUUCAAGGCGGUUUUAAGGCAUGGGUUACCAGUGGAUUAGUCAGACUUGUCAUAAGGUGCAUUGAACGGAAAAUUACAGGCAUGAUAUCUCUGUUAUUGUAUAUAUGUCCAUUAAGUGAUUUUCCAGCAAACAUUUUUUGACUUUUUUUACCCCAGAAGUUUUUUCCGUUCAAUUCUUAUCUAUGAGAUCUAAACUUAGUUAAAUUUCUGUAAUUUGUUGUUAAAUGCAAUUCUGCAAACAACUAAGUAUUUAAUUUUGCGUAAAAGCUACAUGAAAUUGUACUGUUUAGCCGUAAAUCAUAAAAAAGAGAAAGCAUCAUGCUUUCUCUUUUCAAGUCUAGUAGGACUUAAGCAAUGGCAUUGCUUAAGUCCUAGUAGUUGUUUUCCAUGUCUGCUAAGGAGGAAAUAAUUUGCUCUUUUCAAGAAAUUGUUCUUGCCCAUUGCGGUUUCAAACCAAGGAUAGCAGCAAGUCUGUCACAUACUGCUACUUCAGUGCAAACGAAGCAUAGGCGCACAAGCCAGCGCUUGCGUUUAGUCAGGUGCCGAAAAUGAAGUGGAGGGCGUCCAUGUUCGCUCCGGCUCGAAAAGGUAGAAUCAGUUGUGCAGUAAAACGUAAUGCGAAAAACCUGCGUGGGCUGGGGAAAGAAAGGCUUCUUAUUUUUCUUUGGCUUGUUCUAUUUUCGCGACGUGGUACAGGCUACGAAAUACUGACAAGCUCAAUAUAUGUCUUCACCACCGAGAGUCACUUGCCCUUAGCCGGACACGCCCCUCACGUAUCAUGUUCGUUCCUAAAGUUAUUACAAAGCACAGAACCAAACCUAAUCAGCGGACGAAGGCAGAAAAGGGGAUGAGCAAACGGAUGUCACAGCAUAUUUUGCAAGAAACUGAUAUCCUUGUGCCUAUCGGCUCAGGAACGAUUAAUUACUACUAGAAUUAAUAUCAGGGUCAGAAUUUGAGUGCUACAAUGGGAGGGAAGGAAGAAAAGGAAACCGCCGCGCACACCUGUUAAGUCUUUUAUAAACUUUCUCGUCCUGACAGUUUCAAGGUAUAGACUGUUUUCACAUGACGUCACGGCGGCCAUAUUGGUGUCCCAAAAAAAUGAAACGGCGGCCAUGUUGGUGUCCCAAACCAGUCCUGUGGGAGUUGAACUCCUUUCUUAUGCAAACGCUUUCUUUUGUUCCAAUAAAUUUGCAUAGAUGCUGGCCACGUGAGUGAAAACACUCUGUUUAAUUUACAGUGUCUGUUGCAGGUGUAGAAUUAAUCUUACAGCAACUGGAAACGUGGCCACGCCUGCUGAAACUGAGAUUGCUUGUACGAUGAACGGCUAUAGUUUGGUAUAUUCACGAGCGCGUUUUGUCUAGUGAACUGAGUGCGUAGUUUUUCUUAACGAAGGGAUGGGGUGAGUCAAGUGAAUAGUUCGGGGAACGUUUGCUCUCUUUAGAGGGGGGGUAUAUUUGUUGAUAUCAGGAGUUCUGGGCUGGAUAGAGUCGUUGUAAAGCUAUUUUUGCUUCGGAGUAUCGGUUUACCGGAAGCUGAGCUAGGAAAAGUCAAUGGUGCAUUUAUGGAAUAAUAAUAGAGAUUCUCAUGGUCUAACAGUGCGAAGAUUAGACUUCUGGUAAGGUGGCAACAAUCAAGGCCCGCAUUAUAAUUCAUAAUAAUUGAAGGUCAUGAUGUAAAAAAAGCGACUGAAAUGGUGGAUGCCAUGCAAUUCUCUCGGGUGGGGGCGGCGUACCUGGCCUUGUCGGUUGCCCCUGCGACAGAAGACAAGCAUGCCCCGAUUGUCCACGGUUUGCUAAAUGAGAACGUCCCUUUCUUAGUACCCGUUCCCUGUCUUAAAAUUAGACCCGGGCAAAUUUCUCGAGAUUGCACCAUCAUUUUGGGCUUAAAGCUUCCAAAGUCCAACAAUAAUAGCGCAUGUUCGCGACGGUUUUUUAAGUCAGCCGAGUUCUUAAACCAGGCCUUAAACGGCCAGUUUUAAGUGUCGAUAACAGUUAAAAAGGCAUACAAGCCUCAUGCAAAAGACAGUGGGAAGGAAGUGCACAUCGGUGAUGGGGAAAAAGGAGUAGCCCACAGUUAUUUAGGGGUGGAUCUUUCGAAACAUUCUUAUACUCUUGGACAGAUAUGUAUUGUUUAAAGUUUUAGACAAACCAGGUGUAAAUUUAUAGUAACAAACUGUUAAAUAUACACCAGCAAGAUUUUUGCGAAUCCUAUUUUUCGCUGGAGACUAUCGUUUACUGGCUGGUCACGCAAUCAAAGGUAACGUACUUUCCCACGUUUGUUUACUCACCUUUCGCUCAGCAAUACAUUGCGUUCCACAAAGGAUCCAAAUUGCGCUAGAAAUGUUUUGCUAUUCGGCCCACUUUUUAUCUCAGGUAAGGCACUGCAAAGCUGAUUCACUUACGAAGAUUCGAGAGAGAAUUAUUUCUUGAUGUUAUUCUGAUUUCGCAGUCACGGGAAAGAAGACCUAGACUCACGUCCACUCGCAGACGCCAUGGUACAAUCUACAAGAUCUCAAGAACAGAAAUUACCCAUUGAACGGCCUCUCCUUUUGAAGAUUGCGUGUAUUUCAUUAAAACAGGUACAUAUUAAAAGAAUCUUGUUAGUUUCGCCCUUUUAACGAGCUCAAAUCGAUGCAUGAAACUAAGGUGACGUGCACGUGUCAACUGACCCUGGGGUCAAUUAGCGGUUGUUUGGGGCAAAAUAACCUCAAAAUAAUCAAUCUAUUUUACAAGCGUUCGCGAGAACACCAGACUAACUUUCAGAUAAUGUUGAAGUACUAUAUCUCAUUAGGUAGUAAGCGGGAUUUGGGGUGAUUUGGAGAAUUCCCCCAUAUAGAAAAUUCGAUUUUGAUUUUAGCGGUAAAUUGUUGUAUUUAAGCAUUAUGCAAAAAUACGUUUCAAAAUUCUGCUGGUUCGUGGAUAUUUCAUGCUCUAAAUCUAAAAAAUGUGCCGUUCAGAAAUUGUUAGAUAUCUGCUUUUUGAGAUUUAAGCGGAAGAUUGCCAAUAUAUUCGCUCGUUUAUGAAAGUCAGCUCAUUUCUGUCGCUAGGCUAUAUCGCCGUGUUCGGCGGCUAAUUUUAGGCCCGCAGACCAUUGAAAUCGAAAAUCUUAAAUAAUUCCCAAACUCGGCCGCAUUUUGAAAUUUAAACCUCAGCAGUGUUAUAAACUGAUUAAAACCUUAUUACAGACUGAAAAUGAGGUUAAGUUAGGUUUUGAGCUGUGGCCACGAUUUGCCGAUUUUGCUCGAUUUUUCUGUGCAUUCGCUCUUAAAGACGUCUCGUGUAGGCUGUAACUGGCUCAUUGUAUGCAUUUCCCAAAGUUAUUCUUCCACAAAAAGCUAUUGAAGAGGCCAAGGUGAGUUGUUGGCGUAGUUCUUUGAAACUAAUAGUGAGCUUAAGCAACGGCGCUGGACGGUGACGUCAACGAGAACGGCAAUAAAGCAACGGUUUAGUAUGACAAAACAAGAACUUUGCGCCUGCAUCAUGCUUUCUGUAUAUUUCCUUGCCUUCACUGCUGGACUAAGACGUGAAAGUGCCUCAUUUCACGUUUUGUAGAGGACGUAAACACAAGACAAAGACUUUAUUUUUCUUUUCCUGAACUUCGAUACAGUCUUUUAGAAUUCAAGUCCAGAAAAAUUUGCCGAUGUUUGACGAAAUGAACGAGAUGAAAUUAGUGCGAUUAGGCUUAAAGUAGCGUGAAUUCACUUUUUGAGUGACGUUUUCGUAGCCCUUCCUCCCCAAAAAUAUAGAUUCCCUUAGGCUUUAUUCAAAAGUCCACACAACAACGGAAAUGCGCAACCUCAUUCCCAGUGUCUUCCCUUACCCGGCAGAGACGGGUAUGACUGGGUAGGACAAGACCCUUGGGAACGAGGUUGGAAAAUGCGUUUAUUUUUUUUAGCUCAACAACUGCACACCUGACGAAUUCUACUGCUGGCAGAUGUUAGAAGCGACUGGCAUAAGCCCUAUACCUGGAAAUUCGUUCGGACAAAAGGAAGGAACAUAUCAUUUUAGGUUAGAGCUAACUUGUCGAACGUCUCUUUUUCUUUAUUGUUUUAUCAUACUUGUCUUUUUGCUACGUGAUGGGGAAGUCGAUCAGCGUUGAUGUGGGACGGAGUAAUAGGCCUUUUGCAUUAGCUGAUCACUUGAUCUACAGCUGUAAACACGAAAACCGUUCGCUUUCAUACAAAUCCUUGUAAAUUUCGAAGUUUUCAAGCUGCUGUAAAAUAUUCCCUUAAGCAUUACGGGUCUCAAAUCUCCUUUUUAAUCAUAACAGGCAAUUUGAGCUAUUUAAUGCACAAGGAGAAGAUUUGACGACAUUGAAGUUAAGCAAGAGACUGACUCACUAGGAUUCUGUUUUGGGAGACAACUUUUUGGCCCCCUGCCGGGUUGUUCAAUCCUGGGGAAGAACCCAAGGCUAAUGCGAAAUUUGAAUUCAAAUAUGAAAACGUAAAAAAACCAACUCAGAUUAGUUCUUUUUGUCUGCAAUUUGAUGAUUAGCUACCCUAAAAAGGAUAGGGAAAAUUGACCUAGAAAAUACUUUUGAACAAAAGAAAACCCGGGUUAGAAUUAAAUGCCCGGUUACAGCUUGGCAGUCGAACAGUAGAAGACUCUUUGAGCUUUUAGGUUUUGUUUUCCCCAUUGCAGACCACGUGAUUUUACUCCAGAGAACUGUUUGUUUUAACUGUCGUCCUAUGAACUUGCAUCCACGUGCAUUUGCGUGCAGAGCUAAUGAAAAGACAAAAGGCAAAUUCCCUUGAGAACAUCAGGUGGUCUGAAUAGACCCUUUUACCGAUACGGCGGCCAUAUUGAAUUAAUUCGUUUGUUUAUUUGGAGCACUUUUCGGGACAUUUUUUCGUAAAGUUUUCUUAGAAUAAGAUUGUAAUGGGAAAAAAGAUCCUUGUGCCGUGUUUGGAUGUAAUAAAGACCAUAUUUCUAAUACUAAACUAGAAGAAGACGAUCCUUAUUACAUCCAAACACGACACAAGGAUAUUUUUUGCCAGUACAAUCUUAUUCUAAGAAAACUUUAAGAAAAAAUGUCCCGAAAGCGCCCGAAAAUACAAACGAAAUGUGCUCAUGCCCCCUGGGCAUCCUAUAAUACUCCUUAAAUCGAAUUAAUUCAAUAUGGCCGCCGUAUCGGUAAAAAGGUCUAUUGGGAAAAAAGAACUUACAUGCUAAUUGGUCUAGUGGGCCAUAUCCUGCGCAGCUUCGAAAUAUUCUAGUUGAUUAGCGAUAUUGCAUGUUUUACCACCCACGUUCGAACCUGUCUUCAAAAAAAGGGGGUUCAGGGUUUCUUUUUACGGGGUGGUUAAACGAGCAACACCGCUAUUUAACUUGUUUUGCAGAAAUUUUGCGAAACAAGUUGCUCGUUUUUUUGGCUUGUUUAACAGUACCUUUGGUUAAAGUUCCGCCCUCACGCAGGCAAUAAAAGCAAUUGAGCCAACCAAUGGAUAAAUGGAUUCAUUUGCAACAUGAGCGCUGGCCAUCGCACCUACCCGCUGAUAUUUUCAUUGUUUUUGAGCAUAAAAAAGUUAAAAAUCCCUUCGGAAGUAGAUGAAGUCGCUGCUAUAAAUCUUUUAUAAGAUAUGGCUGGCAUUUUUAUCAAAAAAAUUAUGUUACAGCUGGGUGUAAGAUGGAGGAUAUCCUUGCUAAAGGUCAGGACUUCUGGUUUGUGUUGUCUUAAUCUUCUGUGUAAUGAAAUAUUUUAAAAUUCUCAUUGUUUUAAUAAAAAAGUGAAAUAAACCUGACCAUACUUGGAAAUGCGAAAUUAUUAUAAAUCAGGAUAUAUAAUCGUUGAGAGUAUUUAUUUUUUCUUUGCCGCAGGUUAACCAUUUUGCCAUCUGAGGAAAAGGUAGUUCCCAUGUUCGACAAAAUUAGCAAGUUUCAUGAGGAAUUCAUGCAAAAAUACAGAAGUGACAAGAAUAAUCAACAAUAA